CAACUUAUCUUUUUAAAGAUGCUUGUCCAAAGAGGAAGCACCCUGUGAAUGGGGUGUGCUUUCAGGACCCUCCAGGUUAUCCAGGCUCACUGUGCAGCUAGCUCACCAGCAAGGGUUGGCUCUCUAAGGGACUUGUAGAUUGGAUUUACUGAAGACCUAGAGCUUGCUUCUGAGAGUGAACACAGAAGGACCCUAAACUGUCAACCUUGAAGGUAGCAGGGCUUCAGGCCAAAGUCAACCCUGUGAAAUAUGGCUACAUCGCUCUCAGACCAACACUGAUCAGGUAUCAUCCCCAAGCACGCUCCUGCCACCAAUACAAUGCCAGACUGUAACACCUAUUGAGGACUUACCUUGCCCCAAGCCCUGGGCUAAGCUUGCCAAGAACACAAAGCUUGGACUUCCUCUGAUAUUGUACCAUAAGAAGACUGACCACUAACCAGGGACAUUUGUGAAGGUGAUUGCAAUUCCAUCAAGAGGCACUGCACCAAGCAGACAUUCUUAGGGAAACAUGGAUGAUGUCAUAAAUAUGACAGUGUCUUCUGCUAGUAAUAACACUUGUGGUGACACUAUUGAUGACUUCCGCAAUCAAGUAUAUUCCACGUUGUAUUCUGUGAUCUCCAUUGUGGGCUUCUUUGGCAAUGGUUUUGUGCUCUAUGUUCUCAUAAAAACAUAUCAUGAGAAGUCAGCCUUCCAAGUAUACAUGAUUAAUUUAGCAGUGGCAGAUCUACUGUGUGUGUGUACACUGCCUCUCCGCGUGGCCUAUUAUGUUCAUAAAGGCAUUUGGCUCUUUGGUGACUUUUUGUGCCGCUUCAGCACUUAUGCCUUGUAUGUCAACCUCUACUGUAGCAUCUUCUUUAUGACAGCCAUGAGCUUUUUCCGGUGUGUUGCAAUUGUUUUCCCUGUCCAGAACAUUAAUUUGGUUACACAGAAAAAAGCCAGAUUUGUGUGUGUUGGCAUUUGGAUUUUUGUGAUUUUGACCAGUUCUCCAUUUUUAAUGAGGAGAUCUUACAAAGAUGAGAAAAACAAUACCAAGUGCUUUGAGCCUCCACAAGACAGUCAGGCUAAAAAUUAUGUUUUGAUCUUACAUUAUGUGUCAUUGUUUUUCGGCUUCAUCAUCCCUUUUGUUAUUAUAAUGGUCUGUUACACAAUGAUCAUUUUAACCUUACUGAAAAAUUCAAUGAAAAAAAAUCUGUCAAGUCGUAAAAAAGCUGUAGGAAUGAUCAUAGUCGUGACAGCUGCCUUUUUGAUCAGCUUCAUGCCAUAUCAUAUUCAACGCACCAUCCACAUUCAUUUUUUACACAAUGAAACUCAACCCUGUGAUUCUGUCCUUAGAAUGCAGAAGUCAGUGGUCAUAACCUUGUCUCUGGCUGCAUUAAAUUGUUGCUUUGACCCUCUCCUAUAUUUCUUUUCAGGGGGGAACUUUAGAAGAAGGUUGUCUACAUUUAGAAAACAUUCUUUAUCCAGCAUGACUUAUGUACCCAAGAAGAAGUCCUCCAUGCCAGAAAAAGGAGAAGAAAUAUGUAUAGUUUAAACCCAUUUCCAGUGUAAACCAAUGAGAAUUCCCCCCAAACAAGUAUUUUCUCAAACUAUUUACAAUGAAAAUAAGAAUGUUUAUUAAUAAUUUACAAAUACAUAACUGAAGAUGUGCACCUAUAAAUCUAUUUCAUUUAUGCAUCCACAUUAUUAGAAGUCAUAAAGAUAUUUUAAGUGUUAAAAAUUCAUUCUACAACUAUGAACUGAAUUCGACAUGGAAUAAAUGGUGGGUUUUUUGUUGCUAUUGUUGUUCGUUUUGUUUUAUUUUUUUACCAUUCACCAAUAGGUGGAGAAUGUUUCUGUCUCUGCACUGUAAAAAAUGGGUCUGAGAUCAAGGUUUUCUCCCUCAAAUAAAAGCUUUACAAGGUAUAAGAACUAGACUUUUAAAAUCUAAAAUUAGCAAAUAGUUCUCAAUUAUCCCAAUGUGUCCCUUUGUAUGCAUGCCAUCAGAUGAGAAUUGAAGAUGCCCUAGGAGCUACAUAAAAUAUACUGUCAUCUUUUUCCUUUGUAGUACUGACUGGCUAGGCUAAGAAGGGCCAUUUCUUUCAGAAGAGAAUGUGCAAGUGUUAUACUAAUAUUCAGCCAAACAGCCUUAAAGGAUCUGUGCAAUGUACAAUCUGGAAUCUGAGGAAGAUAAACCUGGUUAAAGGCCAGUUUGCCAAUUUUCUACUUCACCUAUCUCAGGCCCCCAAAAGACAGUGGUGGAGUUUUUUGUUGAUCAUUGAGGUUCCCAUAAAGAAUUCUCCCUCUUGUACAACAUACAAUCCUUCCUUAAGAAGCCAGACAACUGGCACUCCCCUAUAUGAACAGAAGCAAUUAAAAAAGUAUCUGGAGAAUAGGAAAAUGAGUUUACUUUUCUACAUGUCUAUUACUAGGAUCGAAAUUAACUACAAUGGAUUUCUGAAGAAAAAUUUAAAUGUCCAUGUUCCAAACUGUUUUAAGAAGUGCAUAUGUUUAUGUCUAUGUGUAUAGCUAUGUGUAUGAGAUUUUUCCUAUGAUAUGCAUUUAUUGGUGAAAGUUCAUUAUAAGCUUCAUUAAAGUUUUAUACUUUUAAAUUUUUAUUGGCAUGUUGAUAGAAAUAUCAAGGAUGAUUACAGUGGUUUUUAUAUUAUAGUAGAAUCUUUGUUCUUGAAACAGCAACAACUUGGUUAUGACUGAAAUAUAAUACUCAUGGGCAAGCUUUUGCUGAAGUGUUGUCUGUUCCUUAAUUCUGUGUUUCAAAAGACACAUUAGCUCAGAGAAAAUAAAUGAUAAUGGUGAAGAAAAAGGAAACCUGUGAAAGAAGUUCUAUCUGAGUCUGCCACAUGUAUGUUAUUUCUAUUUCACUUCUGCUGUUGCAGUCUCUUGGGAAAAAAUCACAAGACAUAAAGAGAAAGGCCCUCUGAGGCACAGUAAUAACUAGUGAACAUUUAUUUUGAUUUAAGAAACUUGAGACUUGGAAGUAUCUAUUCUUGGACCUUAUACCAUCUUUCCCUUGCUCAAGACAAAGAUCAAACAUAAUAUUUAUCAUAAAAGUCAGUUCUCAUUUGUUAAGCUUUCUGCUACCCAAAUCCACUGCCAUCGAGUGAAUUCCAACUCAUGGCGACCCUAUAAAACAGAACAGAACUGCCCCAUAGGGUUUU